UUUCGAAUUUUUUUUUUUUCAUAUUAAGAAUUUUUUUUUUCGUUCAUAAUUAUGUCUAAUAAAACAAAAUUCAACGUUGUUACUCGGGUUGAUUGGACUAAUUGGAUUAAAGAAGGCAUAUCAAAUAAAAUUAUUAAAUAUUAUGAAUAUAAUAGCUUUUCCAGUGUUAAAGAAAUUGGCUUCAGAAAUUCCAGGAAAGUUUAUCGUGCAAACUGGAAAAGUUCUCGUAAUCCAUUAGCCUUAAAAACUAUUAAUGAAGAUACUGCUGAAAAAAUUAUUUAUUGGCUUAAAUUACAACGUGAAAAACAUUUUUAUGAUAAUAUUAUAAAGUUUUAUGGUGUCACAAUAGAUUAUCGAUAUGAUAGUUCAAGGAAGUAUAUGUUGGUGAUGGAAUAUGCUGACAGUGGUACUCUUCGAAGAUAUUUAAAAGAAAAUUUUAGCAGUCUCACUUGGAAUGAUAAAUCCGUUAUAGCAUAUCAAUUAGCAUACGCUGUAUCAUGUUUACAUGACGAGAAUAUUAUUCAUGGUGAUUUGCAUUCUGAUAACGUGUUAGUCCAUCAAAAUACAAUCAAAUUGGCUGAUUUUGGAGUUAAUCCAGAAAGAUUUUAUUCGGAUGAAUACUCUUUAAUUAAAGGCGAUAUUUAUAAUGUUGGCCUACUUCUAUGGGAGAUAUCAAGUGGACGGCCACCUUUUAAUGGUGAGAAUAGUUAUAGACGACCUAUCCCCAAUACACCUAAGGAUUAUGUAACAAUUUAUACUGAUUGUUGGAAAGAAGACCCCCCAACUAUCUACGAUAUAGUUGCUAGAUUAGAAGCCAUUAUGGAAAGAAAUUUUGAGACUAGUAAUGAUUAUCAGCUAUAUGAUUUUAAUAGAGAAGUCCAGAAUUCUAAUUCAAGUUUUGUAGAAGAUUUAUAUUCGUGUAAUUCUGACGAAGAUAUCCAGAAAUAUAUAUCAAGUUUAGAGAGAACUGAAAAAGAUUUUCAUUUACAAAAUUCAAAUAUCCAGCAAUCUAGUUUUGAAAAAACUACUAAGGAUUUUCGAUCUUAUGAUUCUAAAUCAAAUAUCCAAAAACCUAUUUCAAGUUUUGCAAAAGAUUUUUAUUCGUGUAAUUCUGACAUAGAUAUUUCAAGUUUAGGGAGAACCGAAGAUUUUCAGUUACACGAUUCUAAUUCAAGUUUCAAGCAACUUGGUUCUGAAAGAACCACUAAAGAUUUUCGAUCUUGUGAUUCUAAUUCAAAUUCACUUUCAAGCUUUGCAAAAGAUUUUUAUACGUGUAAUUCUAAAAUAAGUACCCAACAGUGUUUUUCAAGUUUAGACAAAGUCGCAGAAGAUUCUUAUUCAUAUAACUCUGACGCAGAUAUCCAGCAACCUAGUUUUGUAAGGACUACUACUAAAGAUUUUCGACCUUAUAACUCUAAUUCGAAUGUCCAGAAACCCAUUUCAAGUUUUACAAAAGAUUCUUAUUCAUAUAACUCUGACGUAGAUAUCCAGCAACCUAGUUUUGUAAGGACUACUACUAAAGAUUUUCGACCUUAUAACUCUAAUUCGAAUGUCCAGAAACCCAUUUCAAGUUUCGCAAAAGAUUUUUAUUCAUAUAGUUCUGAUACAGAUAUCCAGCAAUGUAUAUCAAGUUUCGAAAGAGAUUUUCAGUUACAUGAUUCUAAUUCAAAUUAUGAAAAUAAUAAUUCGUAUAAUUCUAAUGUAAAUAAUCAGCAGUCUAUUUCAGGUUCUAGUAGGAUUAAUUCAUUACCUUAUGAUAGUGAUAUUGAGGACCUUAUUGGAAGUAUUAAUAAUGAUACAUCAAGUUCCCGUAAUAAUAAUAAUAAAUCACCAUCUGAUUUCUGGAAAUACCUCAAGUAAAACUAUAAUUAGUUAAAAUUGAUCGUUUCUAAAAGUAUAAAUUUUUAGAUUAUAUUAUUAUAAUUUAUAAGAUUUUUAUUAUAGUAAACAUUUUAUUUUUAAAUUUAGUAAAUACAUUUAUAACUAUCAAAUAAUUUAUCAAAGCUAACAAACCCAAUAAACAAAAAAAAAAUAAUGUUCAAAACAAACUUAA